AUGUGCCCUCAACUUGUGAAUUCUAAGCCGGUCAGAAGACAGUUUCGUGGGUCUCUGUCCACAGCGAGUCAGAUUAACGAAUGUCUUGUCACUUCAGGGAACAAUUCAUGCCGUGCGUUUUACGAUUUAAAAUAAUUUUAGAGACCUUUUUUUCAGUUAACAGUUCGUCUGGAAUAGUAAUAUUCAACAAAAAUGGAACAGGGGAAGUUUUAACUCAAGAAGCAUUUGACGUAUUUGAGUUUAUUAUUAUUCUCUCAAUCGCAUUGUUUUUCAGGACAGCGGACUUCAUUUCAUUUUUACGGAUUCUACAAAUAUCGAAAUGACGAACAACUACAACUCCUUAGGAAUCGGUUCGGUAGUACAAAUUUACUGGUCAAGAAGUUUCGAACGGGUAGUCGGCGGAAAUCACAUUAUCGUUCCAAUAGAAAGAAUGGAAGUUUAUAAAUGUAUGAUCUUGUUAAUUAGAUGAGUUUCAAAUACCCUACCACUAGGGCUGCAGAACAGGCGCCUGUGUUCGCCUGUUUUGCAAAAUUUCCACGUGAAAAUUGCCAAACAGGCGAAAACAGGCGCCUGUUCUGCAACCAAGUUCUUCUACCACUUACGAACUUUUUAAAUAACUGUUCGUAUCAGGCUGUGCAUUUCUGAAAAAAAAAGUGUUCGUCGUCUUCAAUUCUCAAUCUAUGGCUGGUGUUUCGAUUGGUGUCACCGAGGUUUCCUAUACUCAAUUUACCGCUCAUGUCCCCUCGGUGUUUGCAGACUCAAACCUAAUUUCAGGAAAUUUUGGCUUGAGUCUGCAAAUAGCGAGGGGCAAUAGCGAUAAAUUGAGUUUAACCGCUUAUUGAAAUUUCUUUAAAAUUUUUGUUACAGAAAAAUAUUAUGGUUGCAUUUCAUCCGAAUUGCUCCCCCGAGAUUCGGCAAAAAACGUUACAAGCUCACAAUGAAGGUCAUCCUGAAUUCAGACCGUCUUGUGAAUAUGUGAGCCAAUAAGUUUUUAGCGACCUCUUGAAUGUGCUGUAAACAGAAAAAUUUCGAAAACACAAAUCGCAUGGUCAACGUUGUUCUCGCAACCGUUCCUUUCAAAAUUGAGAUGAGUGGAAGUAUUGAAAAAGUUCCCUUCAUUGUUAUGCGAAAAAUGGAAGAUGUGCCGGGCCGCGAAGGAUUCGCUAUAAUUACUAAGGUAUCACUUUGGACUCGUUAAACUUUUUAUCAGGGUUUUGGUUUUCAGGUGGUCAAAAAUAUUUUUAUGGAAGCUACGUUUCUCAAAACUCCAGAUGUUGUUUUUUUCGAUGCAAACUCUUGCCAUUCAAAUAUCUUGGUGCGUCGAAACAUCUUAUUCUUAUCCGGAUUUCUAGUGUACAGGAUAAAGUUUCUGUUGGCUCAUACAUUAGCGUCUUAGCAUCGCCAACGUUCCCGAGCUCAUGUUUCCAAUGGUAUGGGUAUGAUGUUACUAUCUGCAACGUAAGAUAUUAAAAGAAAUUCGGAAAACAUAUAAUUUUAUACUCAGGUUACGCAAAUGCGGAAUAUCGAUGAGAAAGAAAAUUGCCCUGAUCUCAAAAGUGUGUUGCUAUUUCGCUUUGUUCAAUUACAGGCUCGAGUAUUCUCGAGAAGUUUUCAAAAAAUUUACUCACAAAAUUUCAGCGGAGUGGUAUAGUAAUCGUUGAUCAUUCAGUCGAAGAUUUCUGAAAUACCAUUUUUUCUGUGUUUUUUCCUGUUUGGAAUUGGGUUGAUUAUUGACUAAAUGAACCCAUUACAGAUAAAGGCAGAUUAAUGGAACCAAUUGCUAAAAAUGCUCGUGGAGGGGGCAAACAAAUCAUAUAUGAUGUAGCUUUCGAUACCACCAGAAAAACUGUUGGAAAGAAAAGGUCGGAUAACUUCAAGCAUCUCGGCGGAAUCAAGCAACUUUUCGCGCAAACUUUCACCAAUUUGCGAUAGCAUUCAAAUUUGCCUUUGAUCAAAGUUUGUGCAAAUGUUGCGAACCCUUCAAAGUUUCCGCGAAAGUUGCUCGUUUGUCAAGUAUUUUAGACUGGAAUUUUCAGAGUCGCCGUUUUGCCGUUUUGCUCGAACAAUGCGCAGUUUAAACACCGUCAUUUUCUGCUUGAUCGAAGGUUGUUAUAUAAUUUAACUUCAAAGUAAUUUUUCUAAUUUUUUUUAGAGUAUGCGGAAGUCUGGAAACAAUCAUAUAUCCGCAAAUAGGAGACCCAUUCUUUUUUGAACACUCUCACCCUUCUCGGUCCAGUGACUAUAGUAUCUCUCUGAAAAAAUUUAUUGAAGACGUUCUGAGUAAUUUAUUGCAGCUAAAUUUUUUCUGGACAAUGGAACACGUUCAGAGCCGUUCGGACUUAAUAAAGAGAUAUUCGUAGUGACAUCCAAUAAAGACGAAAUGGUUUGCUCGAAACCACAGACAUCUCAAAAAAAUCGUCAGCAACGAAAACUGUCGAGAAAAUCAUUAGAACGCAUUAUGGAUAGAAAUGGAUUCUCGAACCAAAAUGUAAUUUUAGUCAAUUUUUGGUUUCGGUGUAAUACUUUCUAUGUAUUUACAGCUUGCAAAUUCUAAAUUUGAACUACCCGAUACCGCCUGGUCUCCGAAAGAAAGACGAUAUAUCGGUGAGUUCUAUCUCGGCAAAGGCGCGCCACUUUUGCGCAAACUUUACGCAGCUUUCGCGCAAAGUUAGCGCAGCUUCAGCUGGCUAGUUGCGCAAAAGCUGCUUAAAUUUUUUACAGAUCCUCAAACUGCCAGAAAAGUUAGAGGAAAAUUCUCAGCGAUGACCCCUUUUUUUUAUUUUCGGAAUCUAUAGAUACACUCUCUGAGAACCCAAAUAUAAAUUUUCAGAGCUCUAGACACCCUAGGAGAAUUUUUGUGUUCGAUUGAGUAAAGCCUAUUCAGCCGAAAUUCUAGUUUUUCGAGGAUUUGAGGGUCACAGGUACCGUUCACGCGACUAAUUUUUACGGAAUCGGAUUCUGCGUGAAAUUCUCGACAAAACUCCGUUUAGCAUGACAAUUUUCCAAGUCGCCGAAAAAAGUUACAGUCAGAUAUGUUUCGAAUUUCAGCGCGAAAAUUCACUAACUUCAUGACUGUAAGGGGCCCCGCACACCGAGCUUUUCAACGCGAUUGGCGGUAGGCGCGCCUCCGCCCGGGUGGCGGUGGCAGAGUGCUCGAUCGGCUAUUUUGAGGUGUCGGGUUCGAAACUUUUGACCUCAAAAGUGGUUUUGCUUUUUUAGAACAUAAUUUCUGUUCAUUUUAAAUGUUGACUCUUGUUGAAACGCGUUUUUUCUCAUUAUCUGGUGGACCAAACCAAAGAGUCAACAUUUAAAAUGAACAGAAAUUAUGUUCUAAAAAAGCAAAACCACUUUUGAGGUCAAAAGUUUCGAACCCGACACCUCAAAACAGCCGAUCGAGCACUCUGCCACCGCCACCCGGGCGGAGGCGCGCCUACCGCCAAUCGCGUUGAAAAGCUCGGUGUGCGGGGCCCCUUACAGUCAUGAAGUUAGUGAAUUUUCGCGCUGAAAUUCGAAACAUAUCUGACUGUAACUUUUUUCGGCGACUUGGAAAAUUGUCAUGCUAAACGGAAUUUUGUCGAGAAUUUCACGCAGAAUCCGAUUCCGUAAAAAUUAGCCGCGUGAACGGUACCUGUGACCCUCAAAUCCUCGAAAAACUAGAAUUUCGGCUGAAUAGGCUUUACUCAAUCGAACACAAAAAUGCUCCUAGGGUGUCUAGAGCUCUGAAAAUUUAUAUUUGGGUUCUCAGAGAGUGUAUCUAUAGAUUCCGAAAAUAAAAAAAAGAGGUCAUCGCUGAAACUGUUCCGCUAACUUUUCUGGCAGUUUGAGGAUCUGUAAAAACUUUCGGCGACUUGGGAGUCAUCACUUGAAAAUAGGCGCGUGAAGCCAUGAACUUGGCCACACAGGCUCUCAGACUGACUUCCAUUUUCGUUUUCGCUGUUUUUUGGAAAAACGGUGCGUUUUCACGGGAAACUGAGUUGUUCAUUGGAUUCAGCAUGGUCGAUUACAUAAGGUAAAACUUUUUGGGUAUGGUACUUCAUUUGGGGACCUCGGUACAGACCGUCAAACACGCUCGCGCGAAAAUCGGGAGAAAAUUCGUCAGGCCACGCCCCCUUUGUUGCGCCCCUAAGUACGAGAACAGACAUUUCAGGCAUUUAUGACGAUAUGGAAUGGGUGUUGAUGGCCACGUUCUGGAAGAACAUUGAAAAAAAAACUAAGCUUGCUGAAGAAAUGAACGAACGUCAACUAAUGGGAGGGGUGAGGUUCAAAACAAUAUGUUAAUGUAAUAUAUGCAUUUCAGUGGUGGUACCGGCGAACUGUUCCCAGAGAUGUUCCUGUGAGAAUAGUGAAGACUUUGCACUCAAAGCGGAAUGUGGUGAAAGACUGUGAUAUGUAG